GUUAGUCGACUAAAACGCGCGAAAGUAUAAAAAUGCCAACAUCGUUGUAAUAAGCGCUCCUCGACGCGCUUUUUUUUCUCGAAAUACUAUUAGUAAGAAAUUAUGUACAUCGAAUAUUUUUGAACCAAUUAAAUAAAUUGUGUAAUUGUUUAUUCAUAGUGUAUGCAUUUGGAAAAAAAACUUCAGAAUGAAGGGCGCGUCUUUUUGCAAUAGCAAUUUCAGUGCGUUUUGUGUGUUGUGCGUGAUAUUUUUGCAAUGUCUUUCUGUUUACGGUUUCAACAUUGACGCUUUUAACUAUGCGGUUUAUGGAACAAGGGAAGAAUCAAUGUUUGGUUUUACUGUGGCUGUACAUAAGCAAGGACAUGAAAGGGGAUGGGUGUUGGUUGGUGCCCCUGAGGCACAGUCUCAGUAUCAAGGGAGCCAAGUAAAAUCAGGAGGUGUAGUGUACAAAUGUCGGCCAGAAGGAGAUGAUUCCUGUCAAGAAAUACCUUUUGACAGGGAAGGCAACCAAUACAUAGGAAACAGAGAAAUGGACCAAAAAAGUGGGCAGUGGUUUGGAGCAUCUUUGAGUGCAUCAGGAAGUAUAACGGGAGGACCUGUUGUGGCUUGUGCUCCAAGAUACGUCUGGUACAGCAAAGAGAUGAACCGAAGAGAUCCCGUAGGAACGUGCUUCGUCGCUGAUUCCUAUUUCGAAAAAUUCGAAGAAUACUCACCGUGCAGAACAAGUAAUUGGGGAUACCACAGACAAGGCUCUUGUCAGGCCGGAUUCAGUGCCGCUAUCAAUUCAGUGGGCGACCGUCUCUUCGUUGGAGCUCCAGGCAGCUACUAUUGGCAAGGCCAGAUGUACUCGAUAGACGCUAACGCCAAGUUUAACUAUACGCCCGGUCUUCUAGGCACGACGUACGGCGCCAAAGGUUCGGUUCAUCAACAGAGUUUAGAGACAAGACCAGCUGUUUUUCAAACUAGGGAAGGGAAGCAGCAAGAUGACGACUCGUAUUUGGGAUAUUCCACCAUUGUGGGUGACUUUUUGGGUAAUGGGGAGCAAGGUGUAGCGGUUGGUAUGCCUAGAGGAGCAGAGCUUCACGGAAAGGUGCUUCUAUUUACAUGGAAUUUGACCAACUACAAAAAUAUCUCCAGCAAUCAACUGGGUUCAUAUUUCGGAUAUUCUUUGGCAGCGGCCGAUGUGGAUGGUGACAAAAAGUUAGAUCUUAUUGUAGGGGCACCACUACACACAGAACCCAACACAGAAGACAAAUAUGACGUUGGAAGGGUCUACGUCUUCUAUCAGGGAAGAAGUUAUACAAGUUUUAACAAAAGCUCAUUUAUUGAUGGCUUCAAUUCCAAGUCUCGAUUUGGUCAUAGCGUCGCUUAUCUUGGAGAUCUCAAUCAAGAUGGUUACGAUGAUUUUGCUGUUGGGGCUCCAUACGAUGGUGAAUUCAAUAGAGGUGCAAUCUACAUCUACUACGGGUCUUCUGAGGGUGUUUUAGAGAAAUAUGGCCAAGUCAUCUACGCUGAAGACGUCCAAUCCACCAAUGGCAUUCCAGUAAACACUUUCGGGUUUUCAAUUACUGGCGGGCUGGACAUGGAUGGAAAUGAUUAUCCAGAUAUGGCUGUUGGAGCUUACUUAGCAAACUCAGCGUUCUUUUUCAGAUCGAGACCUGUGGUUCGUGUUGAAGCCCAUGUUAAAUUUUUGACUGAAAACAACCAAAUUGAUAUUAAGAAAAAAGACUGUGUAAUACCCAGUGGAGAGAGGGGUACAUGUACCACAAUAGAUUUUUGCAUUAAAUACAGCGGAAAAGGAAUUCCUCAACAAAUCAGACUAAACGUACAAUACAUCUUGGAUACAAAAAAACUGAACCUUCCAAGAAUGGCAUUUUUAAGAGGAAACUCGAAUACACUUAACGAUACGAUCAUCUUGUAUAAAGAUAACCAGAACACUUGUCAAAACGAAAAAAUUUACAUUAAAAAUAAUAUUCGCGACAAACUUACACCAUUAGAAGCAGAAGUCAAGUACUUUAUGAUUCAAGAAGACAGAGACGCGACUUAUUACAGCAGAUCUAGAAAUCCAAAGUCAACGCUUACUCCAGUCUUAGAUUUAAAUUUGCCUCCUUCUAGAAAAGAUUCUAUUAGUAUACUGAAAAAUUGCGGCCGCGAUAAUAUUUGCAUUCCCAAUCUCCAUCUUAGCGUUACUAAAAAUGUUGAAAAAUAUUUGUUGGAGUCAAACACUAACCUCGAGUUUGAUAUAAUCGUCUCGAACUUUGGAGAAGAUGCAUUUGAGACUACAUUCGAUGUUACCUAUCCCGAAGGAAUAUAUUACAGAAAAAUCGAAACCAAGGACGAUGCACAAGGGAUUUUGUGUAGUACCGGGUCCAACAGAACUAUAUCUUGUGAUAUCGGGAAUCCAUUACCUGCAGGAAAAAUUGCCAAAUUUAGAAUGAUUUUUGUGCCGUACCACAAGCAAGGCAUGGCUCCAAGUUAUGAUUUCGAAAUGCAUGUCAACAGCACAAACCCUGAAGACGAAUCUACCGUUGAUGACAACUUUAAAACUGUAUCUGUUGAUAUAUGGGUUGAUUCCGCUUUGGAUGUAAGCGGACGAUCAAUACCUCAAGAAAUAUAUUUGCCCAAUACUUCGCAAUAUACCAGUGAAAAAAUAGACAAGGAAUCAGACAUAGGUCCUCAAGUAGUUCAUUUGUACACGCUCAAAAACAAGGGUCCAGCUCCUAUUUAUGAAGCAGAAAUGUACUUUUUGUGGCCAUGGCAAACUUUAGCAGGUGAAGACUUGUUGUAUUUAGUAGAACCUCCUCAUGUACCUGCAGGUGUUAAAUGUGAUUUAGUUCCAGCCAAUUACAAGAAUUAUCAAUUGGACUAUUAUUCUAAACCUAUAUGGGAACGAUUACAAAUUGAUUCAGCCAGUCAUAACCUCCAGCAAUCUUAUGGUUCAGUCAAAGUAGAAUCAGGAACUAAUAUUACAGGCGUUGCUGGAGGCAGUAGAAUAACUGGACAAACAUCAAACUUAGACCAAGAAAUCCUCCAUUCAUCUGGUGAUGCUUCUGUUGUGUACGAACGAAGACACAAUGCAAGUGUUAGUACUGGAAGUAGUCAAGGUUCUUGGACUAGCGCUCAGGAACAAGAGUUAAUUGGGCAAAUACAACCUGGCCAAACAGUUUACACCAAAUCAGAAUGGCAGCGGUUUAUGGUGGAUGGCAAACCAGUUAUGAAAUGGGUUAACGUAACCACUGUUAAGGAUGCCACGGGGAAGAUUGUCAAAACCGCUUAUUCUGAUAAUAGAUCUGGCAAUGGUGGAAAUGUUGAUAGUUUCGGUCAAAGUUUUGGUGACAGUAAGAAGCACACAAAAUCAAAAUUCAUUUACAGUUCAUCGGGAAAUGAAAAAGGUGUGUCAGAAGAAAGUGAUUUUUCAAUUUCCAGUAAACAUGUAUCGACUGUUGAAGGAUCAGCUACAGGUCAGAUUGAUCAAAACGAAAGUGGAGAAGGUGGAAUAACUGGAGGUUAUAGUAAAGAGAAAAAGGUGCAAAAGCAACAUGCUUAUACGGUAGGAGGUGGUAUUAACGAAGGUGGAUCACGCGAACAUACGGUUAUUCAUGAAGAUAAUAUUGUAAGGGAAGGAGGCAGUGGUUCAGUUAAAACUGGUGCAGGUAGUGGCAAUGUGGAUGAUUCUUACGUUAGUAAACAAUAUGAAGAAAGAAGGCAGUAUGAAGAAAGACGACAACAACAAGAACAACAACGUAAAGUUUAUCAACCACCACAAGGCCCAAACGCUAUUGAUAUCGAGGAAGAAAGACGCAAAACCGAGGAAAGAAGUCGUCAAGAAGAGGAAAGACGACGCUAUCAAGAAGAACAACGUCACAUUGAAGAACAGAGACGUAUAGAAGAACAAAAACGUACAGAAGAACAAAAACGUAUAGAAGAACAACGACGCAUAGAAGAACAAAGACGCGUAGAAGAACAGAGACGUGUAGAAGAACAGAGACGCAUAGAAGAAGCACGUUUGUCUACGCAUAGAGUUCCUCAAGGCUCCGUUCAAACCAGCGAAGAUCGCAGUAGAAACGAAGAAAGAUUACGUCAAGAAGAGGAACGACGUCGCUAUCAAGAACAAUUAAAACGAUUAGAGGACACACGUUUGGCCGAGGAAAGAGAAAGACAACGAAUAUAUGCGGAAGAAGUCAAAAGACAGGAAGAAAGACAAAGACAAGAAGAAGAGGAAAGACGAAAAUUACAAUUAUCUGCCAGUGACAGUCGGAGGCAACAGGUUGAUAGCAGGAGAAGACCGGAAGAUGAUAGGAGACGGGUUGACGAAGAGAGAUAUCGUCUAGAACAGGAGAGAUAUAGACAAGAAGAAAUAAGGCGUAGGCAAGAGGAAGAAAGGCGUAGACAGUAUGAACAGGAAGAAAGGCGACGACAAGAAGAAGAACGAAGGAGGUCUCAAAGUAGUCAAAGUGGUUCGUCGUAUUGGCAAAGCAACAACAGAGGAAGCUCCCAGCAAGAAGGAGGACGACUCCGAACAGGUUAUUUCGACGACCAAGGACGCUACCAUGGAGAAAUCGACUUACAGAGCCAUUUACAGGGCUCUCAAGGAAACCGGAAUGCUGGAGGUGCCAUAAACAAGACAUGGACUGUCGAAAGUACCGCAACUCUUGAUGAUAUCGAAGGUGAAAGUCGUCACGCCUAUGAUCAACGAUCUCGUGGGGGACAGUUAGACUUUGGACAAUCUGCAGCUUCCGGUAACCAAUUUGCUACACACACCCUUGACUUGGGAAUGGUUGGUGCUGGUAAUGCUGCUGGGUCAAGAGACCAAGAUGCCAGCGAUUCAAAACAAUGGAUUAAUUCUGGUCAAAGAACCAGCGGCGGUACCUUUUCGGGUACUUUGGAAGGCGGAAUUUCGGACCAAAGUCGUUACCAAUCCGAAUGGCAAAGAAAUAGAUGGGAAGACGUUCCUCAAGUACACAAUCACAUCGAACGUGACAACGUUGCCACUGACCGUCCAGAUUUCAGCAAUCGAAGAGGCAAAAGACAAGUUGAAAUUGAUCCAGAUGUAGCAGAUUAUCUAAAAUGCACUGCCACAAAAUGUCUAUUUUUAAGAUGCGUAGUUGGAACCCUUAAGAAAGACGAAUUCAUUUCAAUCGUUUUGCGAUCUAGACUUAAUGUCAGAGCUGUGAGACAAUUAAGUACAACUCAGCCGAUCAAGCUUUCGUCUAUGAUGGUCGCCAGAAUUUCGGAGUUGCCAUAUAUUGGCAAACCCAAAGAACAAGCUUUAUACAGUCACGAAAUCUUUACAGAUAUACCAGCAGGAGAACCGGAAUUAGAACCACAGUUUGUACCAUUGUGGAUAAUAUUACUAUCCGCAAUUGCUGGAACCCUUAUUUUGUUACUAGUAAUUUUACUUCUAUACAAAUGUGGAUUCUUCAAAAGGAAAAGGCCAACAGCAGUUCCGGAAAGACAGCCUUUAAGAUCAAACGGAUAUCAUCCUGGUGACGAGGCUUUAUGAGAAAGAUUUUAGUGCCCAAAUUGUAAUAUAGCAAUCUUCGUGAAACUGACAGUUAUUGUAAAUAUAAAAAAUCGUGUCGAUGAAUUAUUGUGGGUAGCUAAUUUUUACUGAAAACUAAGUCGAAAAAGUUGGUCUGCUAAUAGAAAGAACUGUAAUUGUAUGUGUCGAGUCAUAGAAUAAAUUGUCAUAAAAUUAGAUCUGUGCCAUACUUUAGUGUAUUUAUUUUUUGCCUAUAUGAAAAACGUAUUAUGACAAGUUAUUCUAUGACAUGUAAUUAUAUAUAAGUGCGUUAUUAACAGAGGAAAAGACUAAUACUUCAAACUAUUUCAUCAAAAUGUCGACUACUUAAUACGAGAAACCUUAAAAAAAAGAUGUAUAUUUUAUUUAAUAUACGAUAAUUCCAUUUUUUCUCGAUUCGACAAAAUAACCACGAAAAUUUUAAAUUAAUGAUUUAUAGAGUAUCUAAUAAAUAGGCUUUACUUCUAAUUAAAAAUAAUUUACAAAUUCUGUAUAAUUUAAAUAACUUGACAACAAAUAUUUCAGUUUUAAUAAAAUAUUAUUCAUUCAAAUUUUAAUAUUAAUUAAUAACCAUUUAAAUAAAUUAUUUUUAGAUGUAAAGUCUAUUUGUUUUAUAAGUCUAUGCUGACGACUCUAUUAAAAAAAAUAAUCCCAAUGCCUUCUUGUAGUGCCUUAAAAAAAUAAUAUUUGAGUGCCCAGGUAGACUUUAAGAUUUAUUAAUAUGGUCUCAACUAAAAUUUAAUACGCUUAUAUUUUUGUUUUCUAAAUAAAUUGUGCUAUAUUUAUUACUAUUAAUUUUUAUUCUCUUGCAGCUUAAAUAUAAAUUUAGUUUAAAAAAGUUUAAUAUAAAUAAUGUAAAGCUGUAAAUAACAAUAUUAAAAUUAUAACUGCCAAUAUUUUUAUAAUAAUAUCAAAUACAGAUCAAAAAAGGUCUCUCUAUAGUAAUGUUAAAAGAAUCUCCAAUUUUGUUGUUAAUGUAAUGAUCGGAUUAGUGGAAGUUAAAGAGUAUUCAACCCAGUCAUUUGUUAUAUAUUUUUGAUUUUUAUUUAUUAAAUCUAGAAUAAGAGAAAUAUAACAUGAAGUUGUUUAUAAUAAAAACAAUUCUAAUUAUACUCCGAAGCGAAUAUUUGUAAAAAACAAUAUGUAUAUUAAUUUUUGUUGAAUGUCGGUUUGUAUAAAAAUUUAGUAAGUUUAACAAAUUUGAUGGAAAAUAAAAUAAAUCUUGUUAAUAAUA